ACUGUCAAGAUUGCGGUGACCAAAAAUAAUCAAAUGACACGUGCUUGAAAUAUAAAUUUUACUAUCCAUCAGUGGCGAGCAAAGCAACAAUAACAGAAGCCAAAUUUGGGAUUACCUCGGCAUUGUUUAUACAAGAAAACGGCAUGUCCUUUCAGCGCAGCUACAGCAAGGUCUGGUGGGGCUCGGAGCAGUCCUCCUCCCUGACCAGCGGUGGUUUCUAUUCGAGCUUCAACGGCGGCAGCAGCAGCAGCACCAGUAACUUCACCCCUAGGCAGCCCACCUCCCUCGGCCCCCUGGGCAAUCUGUCCUGCAUUCAGGAGGUGGAGGACGAGCAGAACACCUCAAAGCUAUCCUGGCACAAACACGAUAGUCCAGGCAGUCUACGCAGUCAGGAUUCGGGCUUUUCGGACAAUGAGGAAUCGCAUCAGCUGCAGCAUCAGCAUCAGGAAUCGCCGCAUUCGCCGCAAUUGGACAAGCAGCAAACGCCCACGGCCACGCCCACAUCAGUACAUUCGGUGGCCACGCCCCCCACGGUGGUGCGCCGGGUGGGCAACUCCUCGUUCUACUCACCGCUGGUCAAUGUUACGCGGCGAAUUUCCUUCAGCAGCGGCCAGAUUACGCCCAAGGCGAAAUCCGGAGACGAGGAUGCAGUGGACGCGGAGCUGGAGGCCAGCCGUAGCCGUCUGUUCGAGCAGCUCGACAGCAUGAAACUGGACGAUGAGGCGGCAGCCGAGGAGGAGCAGGAUUCGCCACCACGUCCGGCCAUAAGACGCCGCCGGCGACUGAUGCGGAAAAUCAAACCGGAACCGGAAGAGGCUUCGGCAAGUGAGGAGGAAGUGGUAACAGCGCCACCACCUCCGCCGCCGUACAACAACGAAACUGUUUACUUGGGCGAGGCGCCACCGCCCUACAACAACGAAACAGUGACCUUUGGAUCCACCGAGCAGGAUGAAACCCUUCAGUUGCAACCAUCUCCCUUGCGAGUGAGGGCUUUGAGAUUCACAGCUAGUACCAGUACGCCCAAAAGUGGCUCAAAGAUAGCGAAAAAGUCGAGGAAGCACCCGGAACCGGUGGCCAGUUGGAUGACGGAGCAGCGUUGGGCCGGCGAACCGGAGGUGAUGUGCACCCUGCAGCACAAGUCCAUUGCCCAGGAGGCGUAUAAGAACAACACGAUCACCACGAGUACCGUUUGCAAGCUGGUCAGGCAGCUGCAGCAACAGGCCCUAUCGCUACAGGGGCACUUCGAGCGCAGCGAGCGGGUGCUCAGCGGACUGCAGGCCAGUUCUCUGCCGGAAGCCCUCGGCGGAGCCACCCAACUGUUGUCCCACCUGGACGACUUCACCUGCACGCUGGAGCGUCGGGGUGUGUUCUUCAACGAUGCGAGAAUCGAAAGGAGACGCUACGAGCAACACUUGGAGCAAAUCCGCACGGUGAGCAAGGACACGAGGUACUCGCUGGAGCGACAGCACUACAUCAAUCUGGAGUCGCUGCUCGACGAUGUGCAGCUGCUAAAGAGGCAUACUCUGAUCACCCUGCGACUGAUCUUCGAGCGGCUGGUUCGUGUCUUGGUGGUCAGCAUCGAGCAGAGUCGGGACGAUCUCCUGCUGAGGGCCAAUAUCAACUGGGUGGCCACACUGAUGAACAUUGACUAUGACGGAUUUGCCUCCCUGACCGACGCCUUCGUCCAGAACGAGGCAGUGCGAACCCUGCUGGUUGUGGUGCUGGAUCACAAGCAGAGUUCCGUGCGGGCCUUGGCACUCCGAGCCCUGGCCACUUUGUGCUGUGCUCCACAAGCCAUCAAUCAGCUGGGCAGUUGUGGGGGCAUCGACAUUGUGAGGGACAUCCUGCAGGUGGAGUCCGCCGGCGAGCGGGGAGCCAUUGAGCGAAGGGAAGCCGUGUCUUUGUUGGCUCAGAUCACGGCCGCCUGGCACGGACCGGAGCACCGAGUGCCCGGCCUGAGGGAUUGCUCUGAGAGCCUGGUGGCCGGACUGUCUGCCCUCUUGCAGCCGGAGUGCUGUACCCAGACCCUCCUCCUCUGCGCCGCUGCCCUCAACAAUCUGAGUCGGAUGGAGGCCACUUCGCACUACUCCAUCAUGUCCAACGAGGCCAUCUUCCGACUGAUCGACACCCUGGAACACCAGAGCUGCGCCAGUGUUUUCCUCUACGAGCAGAUCGUUGGGAUGCUGCACAACAUGUCGCUGAACAAGAAGUGCCACAGCCACUUGGCCAACGGCAUCAUCAUAAAUUUUAUCACGUCCGUGUACCAAACGGAAUUCUACAAGACCUACGGCUCACGUGCGGAGUGCGAUGCCCAGCGCCGCAGCAUCAAGACCAUCCUGCACACGCUGACGCGCCUGGCCAGCGAUUCGCCCACCCUCGGAGCGGAGCUCCUGGAGCAGUGGCAUCUGCCGGAUCUGCUGCGCCAGUCGCUGGCCCUCAAGCCUUCCUCCAGUUCGCCGCUUCAGCACCUGGACAGCAGUUACGGCGGGGACAUAUCCCACUUGGCGCGUCAACUGCUCGGCGUCCACCGGCAGGAACAACAGCUGCUGGCCACUCCCACGCCAGCGGGAUCCUUCUCCAGUGGUCACCAGACGCCCGAGGCCCAGACCCAGACCAGCUCCAGCUCCAGCAGCAAAAGCAAGGCCAAAUCGUCCUCGUCGUCGCUGCUCAAAUUCAAUUUAACACGUCAGGAGAGUUUCGUCUAGUUUUCACCACCUGCGGGGAAGGGGACUCGCAAAGAUGGGGUAUCCCACAUGCACAGCAGAGCUAUGCAGAGAAAUUAUAUAGCUUAUUUACACCAGUUUCAAAAUGUCAAUACCAUCAAUAUCAAGUUAAUC